CUGCAGAAUUUUCUCAUGUAAAGGAUCAUCCUUGAACCAUGGAGGUGCUGCAGUGUGAUGGCUGUGAUUUUCGAGCUCCAUCUUAUGAAGACCUAAAAGCUCACAUCCAGGAUGUUCACACUGCUUUCCUGCAGCCAACUGAUGUCUCUGAGGAAAGUCCUAGCCAGCCAAGGUCUGGUUCCAUGAAUGCUAGCAACCAGACUGAAGUUGAAUUUUCUUCUGUAAAGGAUGAAUUUACAAUUGCAGAUGAAAUAGCAGGGCAAAAUGCAACAAGUCAGAUGGGGACUGGAAGUUACUAUAGCCAGAGCCAGACUUUCUAUGGUCAGCAUAUGGCUCCAAAUCCUAAACCAACCAACAAAUUUUUCCAGUGCAAGUUCUGUGUGCGUUACUUCCGUUCCAAAAACCUCCUUAUAGAGCACACACGCAAGGUUCAUGGAGCACAGGCUGGGGGGAGCUCAGUGGGGCCACCAUCCGCUAGUUCCUUAAAUUACAACAUCAUGAUGCAUGAAGGGUUUGGCAAAGUUUUCAGUUGCCAGUUCUGCACCUACAAGUCACCCAGGCGUGCAAGGAUUAUUAAGCACCAGAAAAUGUAUCACAAAAACAACCUGAAAGAGAGUUCAACUCCCCCUGCAGCUUCCACUGCUAUAUCUGAAUCGACAUCUGCUUCUGUGCCAGUGCAGGAACCCUGCAAGGAGCUGCCUGCAGAGGUGGUGGAGCGGAGCAUUUUGGAGUCCAUGGUCAAGCCCCUGACAAAGUCUAGGGGCAACUUUUGCUGUGAAUGGUGCAGCUACCAGACACCACGAAGGGAGCGCUGGUGUGACCACAUGAUGAAGAAGCACCGCAGCAUGGUGAAAAUACUGUCAAGCCUGAGGCAGCAACAAGAAGGAACCAGUGCACCUGAUGUACAGAAUAAGAGUGCCCAGAAUGCCUCCCCAAACUCUAAUUAUAUUUCCAUGAAUACAACAGGACGUGAGAUGUCGAAUGCUAAUGUCUCAAACUUCAGGAGCUCUAUGGGCAAUUCCCUUAUCAGGCCCAACUCUUCUACAUCUUCCAAGUUUUCUUCUGUGUCUUACCCUCAAAUGAAGCCUAAGUCACCUCACAACUCGAGCAUAGUUAAUUUGUCUGACAGAUCCCGCUAUGGAAUUGCUGAUAUGACAAAUUCUUCUGCUGACCUGGAAACAAACAGUAUGCUAAAUGACUCCAGCUCAGAUGAAGAGCUAAAUGAAAUGGACAGCGAGAAUGGCUUGAACUCCAUGGAUCACCAGACCACAGGAAUGUCCGCAGAGCAGCUGAUGGGAUCCGAUGGCAACAAACUAUUGGAGACAAAGGGAAUUCCCUUCAGAAGGUAUAUGAACAGAUUCCAGUGUCCUUUUUGCCCUUUCCUGACGAUGCAUCGCCGAAGCAUUUCCCGUCACAUUGAGAACAUCCACCUGUCUGGGAAGACAGCUGUGUACAAGUGUGAUGAAUGCCCUUUUACUUGUAAGAGUUCAUUAAAACUUGGUGCCCACAAGCAAUGCCAUACAGGUACAACAUCAGACUGGGACACUGUGAAUUCUCAGGCUGAAAGCAUUGCCUCUUCUUUGAACGACAGCACAGUGUCAUAUGAGAGUGGAAAUAUAAAUGGUAGGAAGUCUGCUGGGAUGAUGGAACCAGUGCAGCAGCAGCAGCAGCAACAGCAACAACAGCAAUCACCCCAGCCCCACUCACAGCAUCCAUACAAGUGCACAAUGUGCAACUAUUCCACCACGACCUUGAAAGGCCUCAGAGUUCAUCAGCAGCACAAGCAUUCAUUCUGUGACAACUUGCCAAAAUACGAUGGACCACCAUCCAACACACCACAAGAGAGUGAGGCAGAUGCUCACACUUCUGCCAGCACAGUGAAAAAGAGCCAGACCUCGAUCCUUGGGCUCUCAUCUAAAAAUAAUUUUGUUGCAAAGGCCCCUCGGAAGGUGUCAAAUGAUUUUCCUUUAGAUCUCUCGCCAGUGAAAAAGAGAACUAGAAUUGAUGAAAUAGCAAGUAAUCUGCAGAGCAAAAUCAGCCAAAACAAACAGCAAGAAGAUGCUGUGAUCAAUGUAGAGGAUGAUGAGGAAGAGGAGGAAGACAAUGAGGUGGAGAUAGAAGUGGAGUUAGACAGAGAAGAAGAGCAAACAGAACCAAUGAUAGAAGUUUCCAGUUCUUAUGCUCCACAGCAAAUGUGGGGAAGAGAGGCUAAUGAUUCCCAGAAGGAGACAAACUUCAGAAGCUUGCAGCAUGAUUACAAUUCUGCCAAUGGAGCAGAGAUUGAGCUCACUCUAUCAGAAGAUGAGGAAGAUUAUUAUUCUUCCGUCAGCAUGAAGGAACAUCAGAGCCCUAAUGCCUCUGUUCUGGGGGGCCAAUCAAACAUGUAUGGUACUGAUCAGAACAACGAGAAUGCAGAGUUCAGUGACUCCGGCAGGCUUUACUAUUGUAAACACUGUGAUUUCAGCAACAAAUCUGCCCGGAGUGUUAGCACCCACUACCAGCGAAUGCAUCCCUAUAUUAAAUUCAGCUUUAGGUAUAUUUUGGAUCCCAAUGAUCAUAGUGCUGUAUACCGAUGUCUUGAGUGCUAUAUUGACUACACAAACUUUGAAGACUUGCAGCAGCAUUAUGGAGAGCAUCACCCUGAAGCUAUGAAUGUACUGAACUUUGAUCAUUCUGAUUUGAUCUACCGCUGUCGCUUCUGCUCUUACACAAGCCCAAAUGUUAGAAGCCUGAUGCCACAUUACCAAAGAAUGCAUCCCACAGUGAAAAUUAACAAUGCAAUGAUAUUUUCAAGUUACGUUGUUGAGCAGCAAGAAGGACUAAACACAGAGUCUCAAACACUAAGAGAGAUCUUGAAUUCUGCUCCAAAAACUAUGGCAACCUCUACUCCUGUGGCUCGCGGGGCUGGUGUGCCAGCUGGCUUUAACAAAAGUGCUGCCAAGAGUUUUAGCCCUGAAUGUGAAAAUCAGAAGGAGCCUUCAGUCAAUAGCGUGGUCGUUUAUGACUGUGAUGUGUGUUCAUUUGCAAGCCCUAAUAUGCAUUCAGUUUUGGUUCAUUACCAGAAAAAGCACCCCGAAGAAAAAGCAUCGUAUUUCAGAAUUCAGAAGACCAUGCGUGUAGUUUCUGUUGACAGGGGCUCUGCCCUGGCACAGAUGUCUUUUGAGAUGGGAACACCUGUCUCCCCAAAAUUGUCCAACUUGGCUUCUCCGCCUCCCCCCCCACCACCCCCAGACCUUGCUACUGAACUCUACUAUUGCAAACACUGUUCAUACAGCAACCGCUCAGUUGUGGGAGUGCUUGUCCACUACCAGAAAAGGCACCCGGAGAUAAAGGUCACUGCCAAAUAUAUCAGACAGGCACCUCCCACUGCAGCAAUGAUGAGGGCUGGUGAGCUGCCACCUGGUAUACAGAGGCCACCAGUGUCAAUGCAACAGUUGAGCCGAGGUGGUUCCGAGACCUCUGUGAAUCCUCCUGAGAAUGAAAUGUUUUUCUGCCAACACUGUGAUUAUGGAAACCGAACCGUGAAAGGAGUGCUCAUUCAUUAUCAAAAGAAGCAUCGUGACUUCAAAGCUAAUGCAGAUGUGAUUAGACAGCAUACAGCCACCAUUAGAAGCCUUUGCGAUCGCAGCCAGAAGAAGUCAUCUGGCAGCGUGUCUGCUCACACCUCUAGCACUGAACGAGACAAGUCCAAGCUGAGAGCCCUGAAGUGCAGGCAGUGCAGCUACACAUCACCUUACUUCUAUGCAUUGAGGAAGCAUAUUAAGAAAGAUCACCCAAAUCUGAAGGCCACGGUUACAUCUAUUCUGAGAUGGGCAUUUUUGGAUGGUUUGAUAGAGGCUGGUUAUCACUGUGAGUGGUGCAUUUAUUCACACACAGAGCCAAGUGGUUUGCUUGUGCAUUACCAAAGGAGACAUCCUGAGCAUUAUGUUGACUAUACUUACAUGGCGACUAAACUCUGGGCGGGUCCCGAUCCUUCCCCUCCUGCCCUAGUGCUGCCAGCAGAAGCAAAGACCUAUAAAUGCAGAGACUGCAUUUUUGAAGCAUCUUCCAUUUGGGAUAUUACUAAUCACUACCAAGCUUUUCACCCUUGGGCCAUGAAUGGGGAUGAAUCUGUGCUGUUGGAUAUCAUCAAGGAGAAAGAUGCUGCUGAGAAGUCUGGCACACAGCCUGAUGAAGCUGGGGUCAGGAUGGAUUCUGAAGACCAGAUAACAACCUCACAAAUGGACCAGGAACCAGAGUGUGCAGAGGAUCCCAGCCUUUCCCAGGAAAAAACUGUGCAGCUGGCUUCUGCAAACCCCGCCAUCUCCUCUACUCCUUAUCAGUGUACAGUUUGCCAGUCUGAAUACAACAACUUGCAUGGACUUCUGACACAUUAUGGCAAAAAACAUCCUGGCAUGAAAGUGAAAGCUGCAGACUUUGCUCAGGAUAUAGACAUUAACCCAGGGGCCGUGUACAAGUGUAGACACUGCCCAUACAUUAACACACGCAUUCAUGGCGUUCUCACACACUACCAGAAGCGGCACCCGUCAAUUAAGGUCACUGCUGAAGACUUUGUGCAUGAUGUGGAGCAGUCAACUGAUAUUGCUCAGAAUGAUGUGGAAGAGACGAGUAGGAUUUUCAAGCAAGGCUAUGGUGCUUAUCGAUGCAAACUGUGCCCUUAUACUCAUGGUACACUGGAGAAGCUCAAAAUUCACUAUGAGAAAUACCACAAUCAGCCUGAAUUUGAUGUUUUUGCCCAGUCACCACCAAAAGUAUCCGCUUCCCUGGAGCCAGACAUGGUGACUGAAAUCAAGGCCUCUCCUGAAAUUGCUGCUGAGGAUGUUGGAGAAAUCUCUGUUGCAGCGCCUCAUUUUUCCAGUUCUCAUUUAGUGUCUCACACAGUUUUCCGGUGUCAGCUCUGCAAAUAUUUUUGCUCUACCCGGAAGGGGAUAGCCAGACACUACCGCAUCAAACAUAACAAUGUCCGGGCGCAGCCAGAGGGCAAGAACAACCUCUUCAAAUGUGCUUUGUGUUCCUACACCAACCCUAUUCGCAAAGGGCUUGCGGCACACUACCAGAAAAGACAUGACAUUGAUGCUUACUACACUCAUUGCUUAGCAGCCUCCAGGACAGUAAGCGACAAACCCAAUAAAGUGAUCAUUCCAUCUCCUCCCAAAGAUGACACUCCUCAGUUAAGUGAGGAACUAAGGAGAGCUGUAGAGAAGAAGAAAUGCUCGCUUUGUUCCUUCCAGUCCUUCAGCAAAAAGGGUAUUGUGUCCCACUACAUGAAGCGUCACCCCGGUGUUUUCCCGAAGAAGCAGCAUGCAAGCAAGCUUGGGGGUUACUUCACUGCCGUGUAUGCUGAUGAGCAUGAAAAGCUGACUCCAGCUGAGGAGAGGAAUGAGUUUGAGAAGCCUGAAGUGGAAAGUGAGGCUCAGGAAAUUGAGUGGCUUCCCUUCAGGUGCAUAAAAUGUUUCAAGCUGUCCUUCAGCACAGCAGAGCUGCUGUGCAUGCAUUACACUGACCACCACAGCAAGGAUUUGAAGAGAGACUUUACCAUACUGGGAAGUGGCACCCGCUCUCAGAAUGCUGUCUACCAGUGCAAGCACUGUGAUAUGAAAUUGCAUAGCACAGCAGAGCUGACUGCACACUUGAAUGGUCACAAUGAGGAGUUCCAGAAACGUGCCAAACGUCAGGAGAGGAGGAAGCAGCUUCUGAGCAAGCAGAAAUAUGCAGAUGGUGCUUUUGCAGAUUUCAAACAAGAGAGGGCUUUUGGACACCUGGAAGAUGUUUCAAAACUUAAAGAGCGGAAAGUGGUUGGUUACAAGUGUAAAUUUUGCGUGGAAGUCCAUCCAACACUUCGAGCCAUUUGUAAUCACCUCCGCAAACAUGUCCAGUAUGGGAAUGUCUCUUCUGUGUCAGCUACAGUAAAGGGUCUGCGAUCUCACGAGAGGAGUCACUUGGCUUUGGCCAUGUUUACCCGGGAAGACAAGUACAGCUGCCAGUAUUGCUCCUUUGUCUCUGCUUUCAGGCACAAUCUGGAUCGUCAUAUGCAGACCCAUCAUGGACACCAUAAGCCGUUCCGUUGCAAACUGUGCCCAUUCAAGUCCUCUUACAAUAGCCGCCUGAAAACCCAUAUACUCAAGGCUCAUGCUGGUGAACAUGCCUACAAAUGUUCCUCCUGCUCAUUUUCCACCAUGACAAUCAGCCAGCUGAAAGAGCAUUCCUUGAAAGUGCAUGGGAAAGCACUGACACUACCAAGACCCCGCAUUGUCAACCUUGCAGCCUCACACGCCCACCACACCUCCAAGAACCACACUCCUGCUGAAGAAGUGGAGGACUCUAAUGACUCUUCAUACUCAGAGCCUCCUGAUGUUCAACAGCAGUUGAACCACUACCAGUCUGCAGCUUUAGCCAGGAACAACAACGUCAGUCCAAUCCCACUUUCAGGGAGUGCAGCAGGAAUGGAAAAAACGGAAGCCAUCCUUAACUGUGAAUUUUGUGAAUUCUCCUCGGGUUACAUACAGAGCAUUCGGCGUCACUACCGUGACAAGCAUGGAGGGAAAAAACUUUUCAAGUGCAAAGAUUGUUCCUUUUAUACAGGCUUUAAAUCUGCUUUUACUAUGCACGUGGAAGCUGGGCAUUCGGCAGUUCCUGAGGAAGGACCCAAAGACCUUCGCUGUCCUCUUUGCCUAUAUCACACCAAAUACAAACGCAACAUGAUUGACCAUAUAGUUCUGCACAGAGAAGAGCGGGUCGUUCCCAUUGAAGUCUGCCGUUCCAAACUGUCGAAGUACUUGCAGGGAGUUGUUUUCCGCUGUGAUAAGUGUACCUUUACCUGCUCCAGUGAUGAGAGCUUGCAGCAGCACAUAGAGAAGCACAAUGAACUGAAACCUUACAAAUGCCAACUCUGCUACUAUGAGACCAAACACACAGAGGAACUGGACGCUCACCUUCGAGACGAGCACAAGGUGAGUCGUAAUUUUGAGCUGGUUGGACGGGUUAACUUGGACCAGUUGGAACAAAUGAAGGGGAAAACAGAGAGCUCCAGCAGUGAUGAGGAAGAAAAAGAAGAGGAGUUAAGCCCCAAGACUGAAGAGAGAGAUUCCAUGAUGUUUCCUGAUAGUGGUCCUCCAGAGAAACGCUUCCCAUGUGAGUUCUGUGGCCGAUCAUUUACAGAAGGCUCUGAGUGGGAGCGACAUGUGCUGAGACAUGGCAUGGCACUGAAUGAAAGCAAGCAUGGGACAAGCGAGGACAGCCAGCCGAAGGAGGACGUGGAGGAGACUGUUAGCACACUGCCAGAAGAAAAAGAAGGCAUUGAGAAGAUGGUGCUGGACUAUUCCCACAACAGCGAAACCGUAGUCAGUGUGGUAACUCCUGACAAACCUCUCCAAGAGAACUCGGAGGCCAAAAAUGAAUAAGCAUUUGGUGUGAUUUUAAUCAACGUACUUGAACAGUGAUGAAUGGGAUAGGGUGGGCGGGUGGGGCGGGCAGAAGGAAGAAAUAAAGCUGCUUUUAGGACUGAAUGAUCUAUUUUCAAAGCACUGGUACCUGUGUGAGUGUGUGUAUAUUAAAGUUAAAAUAUUUAAGUGAUGGAAUAAGUGGCUCCAUUACAUUGCUGCAUCCUUUCUUCUGGAUCUUGACAAUGGGAAGUUACAUUCAUCUUGGACUAAUGAAGAAACUCCCCAUGUUCCAACAUUACACAACGUGCUUUGCAAUGGAGAUUUGGAUUGUUUAUGAAUGGAAGCAUCGUGAGCGUGGAAAAAGUUAAGGGGGAUAACUUUUCAACGCACAAAUUUUGGUGCGUUUUUCUAGUUUUAAUACAUAUUGCUUUUCCAGACUGAAUGCAACUGCUUUAGAAAAGAAAAAAAAAAAAGAAAAAAAAAAAAAAAAGAAAACAAAAACAGAAACUGCUUUGCUUAAAACAGUCACCUGUUUCCUAGUACCUCAAAAUUAACCAAGGGAGAUCUCUGCAUUUGUCAGUACUACCUGUUGUCAUUGUGGUUAAAUGUAGAGAGACUGCUGGGCAAGGUGGUGAAUGGAGGAAGAAAAAAGUUUUAAA